GACAGGGCUUAGCUCCUUUAAGAACAGUUUUUUGGUCAUGCUCCAAGCUAGGCUCCUAAAGGUUUCACAUUAGGGUGAAGCCUCGUCACCUCAGACGAGCUGUCUAGCAGCAGUACCCCCUCGGGGUGACUAGAUGUGCUGGGGGGGAGAAGGGAGAGACAUAGCAAUAGAAAAGUGCGGGAAAGAGGGGGAGAGAAGCAGCAGCCCUACACGUGUGGGGAGAAGCAGGAAAAGGCGUCUAGCCCUGGAAAAGGAGGAGGCAAAAAGCCUCCGAAGGUGCAGUGGGGAAGGGGAGGGACACAGCCCUGGAAGUAUUGAGGGUGGGGGGAAUAGGGGUCGGUCUCUGCAACACAGCUCCCUCCGAUGCCCCCAUCACACGCACUGUAUAUUUUCUGGCUGACCACUGGGGGCGGGGAGGGGGAUUACAGUUGUAGUCUCCUUCCCUCCCCCUUUACGGGGUUUGCUCCUGAGCCCUUCUUUGCUCUGGCCCCCAGAGCCAGGAGGCAGCGCUGAGGGGGCGGAGGAAAAGCUACAGCGGUUGAUAAGGGCGGGCAGUUCAAAUCCAAGCGAGGGAAACCAACAGCAGCCGCAUGCGAGGAACUGGUGCUGGCUAGAGGCGGCGGCUCCUCACCAGGGCAACGCGCUGGGGCUGGGGGCGAGAGACGCUCGGCGCUGCCGCGGCAAGAGGCAGGGAGCAGCGCCCCGCGGGGCAGCAGGGUCGGUGCCCCUCACUGCUCCCAGUCCGGCCUGUAGCAUGUUGUUAACUUCAGUCCCCAUCGCUCAGCCCCAUUGACCCCCUCGGAGAAGGAGGGGGACCCCAUUAUUGUGGGGCAGAGAUUUCCCUUUGCCCAGUGAAUUGCAGGAGAAGGAUGCGGGGGUGAAGCUCCUGCCUUCCUGGAGCCCAUCAUUCAAGUUUUGCUCCUGCCUUUGCCUUACUCUGGAACGCUGUCCCCCAGUCAAGUAACACGGCUGGUGUUCGCAUCAGAGAGCGCUUCGCCAGCCCAGGAUCUCACAUUGCUUCACAAAGCUGGAAUCAGAGAAAUUCCAAGUGAAAGAUGUCAGAAAGUCGCUCAGUGCUGUCUAUUCUUAAAAGAGGCAGGUUGACUUCUCCCAGCAACAAUGUGAAAUACUCCAGCUUUAGAGACUCUUGUUCCACCUCCAUAUUUCAUGAUCGUGGAUACAGUGUAUCAUUAAAAGAUCCUAGCUUUGAUCAUACUGAUGCAGAACAUAAAGAUGAACUGAGCACAAGACGUCUAUCGUUACUACAUGAUUAUUCUGAACAUUCAUACCCUAAUUUAGUAAUUCCAGUGUUUUCUCCCAUUGAAAAUGAAAAUAAUUCUAUCUCCUUAUCUGAAAGAAAAGAGGCAAAUGUAGCUACAGAUUUUUUGGAAACUCCUAAAGUAAGUAAAAAAGACUCAUCACUGCGUAGGAGACUGCUUCUGUCUAAAACUGCUUUGGGAGGCACUGUAGGAUGCUUGGAAAGGCAAGUCAAUUCUUCAGAUUGCAGUAGGAAAAAAACAUUAUCUUGUGUUCUCAGUUUUGAAGAAAGACUUUCAAAAAGUUCUUCGUAUUCUCCAAGAGAUAAUACUUACAAACCUCUAGCUACUAGCACUUUAAAAACUGAGGAGUCUAGUCCUGCUUGCCAAAAAUUGAGGCUUGCCUUUUCACAGCAAAGGACUUCUACAGUAGAUGAUUCCAAAUGUAAAAACAACUUCUUGUCAGAACCUGAAUGUUUAUCUCCAAUUCACCAUAAUACUUCUAAGGACACUAUUAUUGACAAGACUCCUAAUGAGCUUAGUGAUAGUUCCCUCACAAGCAUUAAUGAUGAAAGCACCUCUCUGGAAUUGCUUAGAACCCCUACAUGUUGUAUGUUGUCUGAGACGAAUGAGGAUAAAUUUCUGACUCCAGUCAGCAACCUAACAGCAGAUUUUAACUUCUAUUUACUUGACAUAAAUACUCCCCCUACUCAUGUGGUAAGUGACUUGGAGCUUUCAGUGCCUGAAGACAGUGGGUUUAAUUCCCUUGGCUUAGAUAAAUCAGAAGAUUCCUCUUCAGAUCAUGAGGGAUCUUUCCAAGAACUCCUUCAAAAACAGAAGGAAGUUUCCAAACUUCUGGAUGCUAAAAGAAAGUCAAGAAAACUAGACCGAGUGAGGAGGUUAUCCACCCUUCGGGAACGGGGUUCGCAGUCUGAGACAGAGGAAGACUAUGAUAUUACACUAAUUAAUUCAGAAUAUAAAUUAAAAAUAGCAAGAGACUCUGCCAGUGAAGACAGUGGAUUGGUUUUUAAAGAGGAGAAUAGUGGAGAUUUGGUUCUAAAUCUUGGAGAUUUAUCAAGAACACCUGCUUUACAAGUAGUCCGUGAAAUCUUCUUGCGAAGCAAAAGAAAAAGACCAGAGCAAAAUGGACUCUUGGAGAACACUGAGAGAGCUGAAAUGUCUGUAUUAGAAUAUAUUCUUGCUGGACUCAUAGGCAAGAAAAUGGGCCUUGAAAAAUUAGAUAUUUUAACAGAAUUAAAAUACAGAGAUUUAAAGCAUAUCCUUGCUAUAGUUCUAGGUGCUUUGACUGUGGAAAGCCUAUGCAGUAUUUGGAAAGUAAGCAAGAACUGGCGUGAAAUUGUUAUACAAGACAAAAAUGCAUAUCUCAGGAGAAAGCUGUACAUCAAACAGCUGAAGGCGGAAGCUGGGGGAUGUCUCUUGCAUGUUGAAGAUGCUGCCACAAGACUUAAUAUUCUAAGUAGAUCUGCUCUAAGACCUGUUCAAGCUCAAGCUAAAACUGCUGUGUUACAAACACCACCUUAUUGCAAUGAGCUUUUAACACCUACAGGAUGCAGUUCUGUUCCCCAGUCAACUAGUAAACAGGAAGAGUACCUUAAGAUUGCCAAAACCCUUUUUAUUGAUGAAGCUUUAAAACCUUGUCCAAGAUGUCAGUGCCCAGCUAAGUAUCAGCCCUUAAAGAAAAGGGGACUAUGUAGCCGACAAGCCUGUGCGUUUGACUUUUGUAUUUUGUGUUUGUGCACCUUCCACGGGUCAAAAGAAUGCAGUAGUGCAUCUGCAAAGCAGCGAAAUAAAAAAGAUGCUCUUCCAGGAAGUGCCCAAAGCAAGAGAAAUUUAAAAAGACUCUAAAGUUAUAAGGAACAUAGGUUUCCCUACUCUCUCUCAAUUUCUGAUCUUGUCUGUCUUUUUAUUAAUUAUGCAUAUUUUGAAAGUAAUAUUGUCAUUUUGUCCAGUAAUUAAGCUGAUGAUUUCUCAUGUACAUAUCUUAAAUUAACGUAGUGUAUUUUUGAUAAGUUUUUGAAAAAAGGGAAAAAAAUUUUAAACUUUUAAUGUCUCGUUUUACCCGUCAUGUAGCCAGACACUUCCAACUUCUUAAUUUUUCAAUAAAGUACUUUCAAUAUAGUCUUCAAUAUCUAUUUUACAACAUCACUUGAAAAUUUAAAGUUGUGAUUCUUGUUUCAAUGGCAAAUUAAAGAGAAUGAAUCAUUAAAACUUCCUUUUCUAUAGGUUUUGUUAUGAGACAUUUUUAAAACUACAGUUUCUAAAAACAUGCUAUGAUGAGGCAUUAGAGAAGCGCUGACUCAGAGGAAAUACUACCACCUCGUCAUUUGACAACGCUGCUAAGAUAGAACAUUAGAUUUUUUUUUUUUUUUUUUUUUUAAAGCCAGAUAGGACCAUUAUGAUUUAGUUUUAUCUCCUGUAUUACACAGGCUGAAGAACCCUACCCAGUAACUUCUGCAUCAAGCCCAUACUUUCUGGUUGAGCACUAUAGCAUAUCUUUUUUUUUUUUUGUCUUUUUUUUUUUUUAAGAAAGAUAUCCAGUCUGGCUUUAAAGAUUUCUGGUGAUGGAGA